AUGAACAAGCUGUACAUCGGGAACCUGCCCGAGGGCGUCACCGCGGCCGAGCUGGAGAAAGUGUUCGCCGAGCACCAGAUCUCCUUCAGCGGGCAGUUCCUCGUCAAGUCCGGCUAUGCCUUUGUGGACUGCCCCGACGAGCAGUGGGCCAUGAGAGCCAUCGAAACUUUCUCGGGGAAAGUGGAGCUCCACGGGAAGCAGCUGGAGAUCGAACACUCCGUGCCCAAAAAGCAAAGGAGCCGGAAGAUCCAGAUCCGGAACAUUCCGCCGCAGCUGCGAUGGGAGGUUUUGGACGGGCUGCUGGCCCAGUACGGCACCGUGGAGAGCUGUGAGCAGGUGAACACGGACAGCGAGACCGCCGUGGUGAACGUCACCUACGCCAACCGGGAGCAGACGCGGCAGUGAGUGCCCCGGGAAUCCGGGAAUUAUUUGGGAACCCCCCCCCCAUCUCUUUUGGGGCUGCCCUCCUCCCAGCACCCCAAAAACCCCAUCCUACACCCCCCCAUCUCCUUUGGGGCUGCCCCAAACACCCCAAAACCCCUAUCCUAGACCCCCCGGGCUCCCCCGAAGGCGCCGCCCCCCGACGUGCCCCUGCGGCUCCUGGUGCCCACCCAGUUCGUGGGGGCCAUCAUCGGCAAGGAGGGGGCCACCAUCCGCAACAUCACCAAGCAGACCCAGUCCAAGAUCGACGUGCACAGGAAGGAGAACGCGGGCGCGGCCGAGAAGGCCAUCAGCAUCCACUCCACGCCCGAGGGCUGCUCGGCCGCCUGCAGGAUGAUCCUGGACAUCAUGCACAAGGAGGCCAAGGACACCAAGACGGCUGACGAGGUCCCCCUGAAGAUCCUGGCCCACAACAACUUUGUGGGGCGCCUGAUCGGCAAAGAGGGCCGGAACCUCAAGAAGGUGGAGCAGGACACGGAGACCAAAAUCACCAUUUCCUCGCUGCAGGAGCUGACCCUCUACAACCCCGAGCGCACCAUCACGGUCAAGGGCUGUCCCGAGAGCUGCUGCCGCGCCGAGCAGGAGAUCAUGAAGAAAGUGCGCGAGGCCUACGAGAACGACGUGGCCGCCAUGAGCCUGCAGUCCCACCUCAUUCCCGGGCUGAACCUGGCCGCCGUCGGGCUCUUCCCGGCCUCCUCCACGGCGGUGCCGCCGCCCCCGAGCGGCGUCUCCGGGGCCGCUCCCUACAGCUCCUUCCUGCCCCCCGAGCAGGAGACCGUGCACGUGUUCAUCCCGGCGCAGGCGGUCGGGGCCAUCAUCGGCAAGAAGGGCCAGCACAUCAAGCAGCUCUCGCGCUUCGCCAGCGCCUCCAUCAAGAUCGCGCCCCCGGAGACGCCGGACUCCAAAGUGCGCAUGGUGGUGAUCACCGGCCCGCCCGAGGCGCAGUUCAAGGCGCAGGGCAGGAUUUACGGGAAGCUGAAGGAGGAGAACUUCUUCGGGCCCAAGGAGGAGGUGAAGCUGGAGACGCACAUCCGCGUGCCGGCCUCGGCCGCCGGCCGCGUCAUCGGCAAGGGCGGCAAGACCGUGAACGAGCUGCAGAACCUGACGGCGGCCGAGGUGGUGGUGCCGCGGGAGCAGACCCCGGACGAGAACGAGCAGGUCAUCGUCAAGAUCAUCGGGCACUUCUACGCCAGCCAGAUGGCUCAGCGCAAGAUCCGGGACAUCCUGGCGCAGGUGAAGCAGCAGCACCAGAAGGGCCAGGGCGGCCAGAGCCAAUCCCGGAGGAAAUAG